GUGAAGCACAUAAAGAUUCAAAGAAGUUAUGACAGCCUCUACUAUAUAGCUGAUUGUAAAAUGUUCAAAAGUAUACCCGAGUUAGUGAAAUAUUACCAGCAGAAUUCAUUGCAGCCGAGUUUCUCCGAAGUUCCAACAACCCUCCAAUUCCCAUUCAAAGAAGUCACCCCGAUCUGGAUUGGUGAUGCACAUAUAAUUGGUUAUUGCCAGGCCAAUUACGACUACACUGCCACGGAAGCAUGCCAGCUUUCACUCAAGCAAGGUGAUUUAGUUGCUAUUUUGAGCAAAGUAGGAGGAGCCAGAGGAUGGUGGAAAGGUAGAUUGAAUGGAAAGGUUGGAUAUUUCCCCAGCGGAUUUGUGGUUGAAUCUGAUGAAGAUGGGAACGUAAUAACAUUCGUCAAUUGA